AUGACCAAGAAGCAGCAUGGCAGGCCGGGUACGCAUGGCUGGCUGCCUCUUAAACUCCAGCUGAUCAAGUCGAUUCUCAGCCAUGCCACGCAGUUGCUGACAGAGACCACUGGCAAACAACUCAAGGGCUUACUCGAAAAUCUCGGCGAGCUGGAUCUGCAAAAGCUUCUUGAGCAGGUCAAGCCACUAAUCGACACAAUCACCGAGCUGGGCAGCCAGGGGCUGCUUGACUCAGUCAAACCCCUUCUUACAACCAGAAGCAGCUGA